AUGGGCAGGGACCAAGGCGGAGGCCCCCUAGUGGAGCACCGACCAGGUACCCGCAAAGAACCAGGAGCCGGAGCUGAGACAGCCGGAGGCGGGUCGGGUGCAAGGACAGCCGGAGGCGGGUCGGGAGCCAGGAGAGCCAGAGGCGGGUCGGGAUCCGGAGGCGGUUCGGGAGCCAGGAGGGCCGGCGGGGCGUCAGGAGCCAGGAUGGCCAGUGGAGGUUCAGGAGCCAGGGAGGCCGGCGGAGGUUCAGGAGCCGGGGAAGGUCCAGGACUUGGCGGAGGGUCAGGAGCCGGCGAAGGUCCAGGACCCGGCGAAGGUUCAGGAAACGAGAGAGCCGGCGGAACCGGGAGAACCGGUGGAGGCCCAUGUCUCUAA